AAAUAACUAAAAAUGACAAGUAGAAGUCUUGAGGAGUCCAUGGGGGCUGUUCAUAUGGGGUUAGUCAGAACGCUUAAAGGAUUCCAAAGCAAGAUUUUGCCACCCCUGAGUUCAAAGGUGGUUACAGAAGAAGAAGUAAAUCGAAUGCUGACUCCCUCAGAGUUCCUGAAGGAAAUGUCCCUCACCACAGAGCAGAGACUUGCCAAUACACGUGUGACGUGCCGACCACAGAUCACUGAACUUUUAGAUAUGAGGGAAACAACAUAUCAAAAGUUUCCAGGAAUUGACCUGGAUCAGGCCUUAUUCCAGCCCUUUCCAUCAGAAAUUGUAUUUCAGAACUACACUCCCUGUGAAGUCUAUGAAGUUCCACUGGUUUUGAGGAACAAUGACAUAGUUCCAAGGAUGGUGAAAGUUGUUGAGGAAAGUUCACCUUACUUUAAAGUAAUCAGCCCCAAAGAUAUUGGCCACAAAGUAGCACCAGGAGUGCCAUCCGUUUUCCGAAUCCUCUUUAGUCCAGAGGAGAACAAGGACUAUGCCCAUAUGUUGACCUGUGUCACUGAAAGAGAAAAGUUUAUUGUGCCCAUCAAAGCUAGAGGUGCACGAGCCAUCCUAGAUUUUCCUGACAAGCUGAAUUUUUCUGCUUGCCCUGUUAAAUACAGCACUCAGAAGAUUCUGCUGGUGCGAAACAUUGGCAACAAAGAUGCUGUGUUUCACCUCAAAACUCAUAGGCCCUUCUCUGUAGAGCCAUCUAUUGGAACCCUUAAUGUAGGAGAGUCCAUGCAACUGGAAGUGGAUUUUGAGCCACAAACCGUGGGCAAUCACAGCGAAAAACUUAUUGUGUGUUAUGACACAGGUGAAAAAGUGUUUAUAUCUAUGUAUGGAGCUGCUAUAGACAUGAACAUAAGGCUGGACAAGAAUUCCUUGAUCCUUGAGAAAACUUACCUAUCUCUGGCCAAUCAGCGAACUCUAACUAUUCACAACCGCAGUAACAUCAUUGCCCAUUUCCAGUGGAAGAUAUUUGCUACACAGGAAGAGGAAGACCGAGAAAAGUAUAGGGUCUGUGAUGAUCUUACCAAAGAGGAAAAGAAUGAGAUCGACGGGUUUCUUGAGGAGUGCAUUACUGAUCCUUCACUACAACAGUGUCUUUCCUUUCUGUCCCGCACCUUUGAGAAUCAGAGAAAGCUGGUUCAGGCAGAUAGCAUGCUCUUCUUGAAUAAUAUUUUCAGUGUUGAGCCUCUGGAAGGUGAUGUCUGGCCCAAUUCAUCAGCUGAAAUCACUGUGUACUUUAACCCUCGGGAAGCCAAACUCUACCAGCAGACUGUUUACUGUGACAUUUCAGGCCGAGAGAUCCGUCUGCCCCUGCGAAUCAAAGGGGAAGGAAUGGGACCAAAGAUCCACUUCAACUUUGAGUUGCUGGAUAUUGGAAAGGUUUUUGUUGGAUCUGUACAUUGUUAUGAGGCAGUACUAUCCAACAAAGGCAGCAUUGAUGCCCUCUUCAACAUGAUCCCUCCAACUUCGGCUGUGGGGACCUGCUUUGUUUUCAGUCCCAAGGAAGGCAUCAUCGAACCAAGUGGAGUCCAGGCUGUCCAGAUAUCCUUCAGUUCUCCCAUCCUGGGACACUUUGAAGAAGAGUUCCUGGUCAAUGUCAAUGGAUCACCAGAGCCUGUGAAAUUGACCAUUAUAGGCUGUGUCAUUGGACCUACCUUCCAUUUUAAUGUUCCUGCUCUGCAUUUUGGUGAUGUUUCCUUUGGGUUUCCUCAUACCUUGAUAUGUUCCCUCAAUAAUACCUCCUUGGUCCCCAUGACCUUCAAACUGCGUGUGCCUGGGGAUGGUGUUGGCCAUAAAAGCAUUUCAAUUUGUGAGCAGUAUUCAGACAACAAAAAAUCAUGUUGGAACAAGGAUGAAAUACCUGUAAUGAGACCAAAGGAAUUCACUGUCACCCCCAACUGUGGCACCAUUCGCUCCCAAGGAUUUGCUGCUAUCAGGGUGACCUUAUGCUCCAACACUCUGCAGAAAUAUGAGCUGGCCCUGGUGGUGGACGUGGAGGGCAUCGGGGAAGAAGUGCUGGCGCUCUUAAUUACAGCGAGGUGUAUUGUACCUACUCUCCACGUGGUUAAUACAGAGGUGAACUUUGGGCGCUGCUUCCUGAAGUAUCCAUAUGAGAAAACGAUCCAGCUUGUCAAUCAUAACGACCUCCCAGCGUGCUAUCAGGUCCUGCCUCAGGUAUAUCAGGAUGCACCAGCUGUGUUGCUGUCUAGUCCCACCCCCUGUGGGAUCAUCUCCCCCAACAGCACCGUUCACAUACCUCUGGCCCUGGAGACCCAAGUCCUUGGGGAGUACACGUCCACAGUGUACAUCUCGACCUUCGGGAGCCAGGACCCCCCUCUGGUAUGUCACUUAAGGAGCAUUGGAGAAGGCCCAGUUAUCUACGUACAUCCCACUCAGGUUGAUUUUGGCAAUAUCUACGUCCUGAAGGACUCCCUCAGGAUUCUCAACCUGUCUAACCAGUCCUUAAUCCCCGCAUUAUUCAAGGCAUGCAUGGCACACAAAAAGUCCCUCUGGACGGUUGAACCCAAGGAAGGCACAGUUCCCCCAGAAAGUGAUGUUGAACUGACACUGACUGCCAACCUGAACGACAUACUGACAUUCAAAGACACAGUCAUUUUGGACAUUGAAAAUAGCAACACAUACCGGAUACCUGUCCAGGCUUCAGGAAUUGGCUCCACCAUUGUUUCAGAUAAGCCCUUUGCACCAGAACUCAAUUUGGGAGCACAUUUUAGCCUGGACACCUGUUAUUACCGCUUCAAGUUGACCAACAAGGGACGUCGGGUCCAACAGUUGUUCUGGAUGAAUGAAGAUUUCUGUCCCCAAGAAAAGCUGGGUAAGAAGAGACUGGCUAAGAAGAGGAGUGCUAAGAGCCACUGCCAAUCCCAGUGCUCCCGGGCACCCAGGGAUCCUCAAAGCCCCGUGUUUCAACUCCACCCCAUCAGGAUGGAGCUGUACCCAGGCCAGACGAUUGACGUGUUACUUGAAGGCUAUUCUGCCACUCCCAGGAUAGUCAAAGAAAAGCUGGUGUGCCACACCAUCAUCGGGACACAAAAGGGGAAGAGCCUGGUGAUGACGGUGAACAUCAUCUGUGAGUUCGUGGCACCGUUCAUCCAGCUCUCCACCAAGCAGCUCGUAUACCGACUGGAGAAGAAACCUAACACUAUCCUGGAACCUGAUUACCAGCCCUUGGUCAUGAAGAACAUUUCCAACCUGCCUGUGAAUGUGUUGCUCUCAACAAGUGGACCCUUCUUUAUCUGCAAGGCUGAUAAAUCCCCACUGCCCUCAAUUCCUGAGCCUAUUAAACUGGAGAUGGGUGAAGAAAAAGACCUGCUAGUCAAAUUCAACCCUUUCUAUAAAAACGAUUUGAAUACCUGGGUGGCAGAAGAAGUUCUAGAAAUCAAGUAUGUGGAGCACCCUCAAGUGGACAGCCUGCACCUGCGUGGAGAAGUGAAUUACCCCAACCUCACCUUUGAGACCAUGGAGCUGGAUUUUGGCUGUAUCCUGAACGAUACUGAGGUGAUCCGGUACAUCACAGUCACCAACUGCAGCCCCCUGGUUGUGAAAUUUCGCUGGUUCUUCCUGGUGGAUGAUGAGGAAAAUCAGAUAAGAUAUAGGCCAUGUCAGAAGCCCUACAGUGCCCCCCUGUCCCAGGUGGAAUCCAUCCCAGUAACCUCGGCAUCUGUCAGCUUGGCAGCAGUCCCAGCAAUAGAGUCCCCUGAGAUGGAUCUGAGUGAUUUUGUUAAGACUAUCCUUGUGGAUGAAGAAGUUGGAUCUGAAGAAAGAGAGACCAAAAAAGCACAGGUGUCCAUCAUGGCGGUCUCAGAUGGAUUAAAAAUGAACUCUGCUGAAACAGAAAGAAUAGACACAAACCAGAGUCAGGCGGAGUUUCAGGAAUCGCCGUGGAUCUUUAAACGGGAUGAAAUGUUUUCCAUUGGGAUAGAAGAAGUGUUUGACAUUUUGCCUCUCUAUGGAGUGCUGCGGCCACACAGUAGCCACCAGAUAUCAUUCGCCUUCUACGGACACUGUGACAUCAUUGCACAGGCUAAAGCUCUGUGUGAAGUGGAAGGAGGGCCCACCUAUGAGAUAAUACUAAGGGGAGAGGCCUCCCUGGUCCACUAUUCCUUUGACACCAAGGACAUUAACUGUGGAUUACAGCUGUUCGACCAUGUCACAGAGAGUGAAAUCACACUCAAGAACACUGGGAAAGUUGGCUUUGAGUUCAGCGUUCUGACUGACCCCCAGUCUUCGCCAGACAACCUUCUGCCUGGAGUGCCACUCAUCCAGCCUCUCUCAGGUUUUAUCGGUUCCCAUAAAGAGCAGGUGUUGAAGGUUUACUACUUGCCUGGAGUACCUGAGAUCUUUCAAAGGAGCUUCCAGAUACAGAUUGCCCACUUGGACCCAGAAAAUAUUACUCUGAGUGGAGAGGGAAUCUUUCCCCGAAUCUGCGUCGAUCUCCCCAGGAACCUCAAAGGAUGUGAGAAGUAUGAAAUCUUCUUAAAUCAGGCCAGAAAAAACCUAGAAGAAACCAAAAAUGAAAUGUUUGACCACUUAGAGAGAACUGAGGAAGUGCCUGAGGAUGAAUCUUCUGAGUUAAAUGCUCAACUCCAGAUGGAAGUAGAGCGGCUUAUAGUCCAAAACUAUGCCACAGAACAUCAGAAAUCAAUUGUCCUUGGUUCCGUGGACAACUUCUGCCAUCAGAGUCACCGCAAACCGAUCAAAGUCCAGCUGCCAGAAUAUAUCCUAGACUUUGGCUACAUCACCCUUGGUGACGUCCGAACCCACAUCAUCAAGAUCACCAACACCAGUCACUUCCCAGUGUCCUUCCAUGCAGAAAAGCAUGUCCUUCACGACACAGGCUUCAGUAUUGAGCUAGAUCGUGUGAAGAAUCUGCCUUACUGUGAAACGGAAACAUUUGAAGUGAGAUUUGAUGCACAAGGGGCCAGCCUUUCUGUUGGAAACAAAAAUGUCAUUCUGCCCAUCAAGGUGGUUGGAGGGCCAGCAGUUCACAUCUGUCUCCAAGCCAAGGUGACCAUUCCCAGUAUGACACUGUCUUGUGGAAAAGUGGAGUUUGCCACAAUUCAGUGUGGACAGUGCCUCGUGGAAACUAUUCAGCUUUCCAAUCACCUCCAAGUCCCUUGUGAAUGGUUUAUCCACACCCCUAAGCAAGUUAGCAAGCUGGAGAAACACAUGCCAAAGUACUUAAGACGGAAACUAUGUGCUGAAUUCAAGCCAAAGACACGGAUCUUUGAGAUUCAGCCCACUUCUGGGGUCUUGGAUCCUGGUGAGAAGUCCAACAUGCAAGUGAAAUUCAUGCCCAAAGAAGAGAAAUUCUACAGCCAAACCUUGGUGUUCCAGAUUGCCCAGAGUGAUCAAAAGCUUACUCUACUGGCACAGGGGCAAGGUCUAGAGCCGUGCUUGGAAUUUAGUCCCUCAGUUCUGGAGCUGGGGCCACUGCUGCCUUAUGCACCUGGAGAUGAGGCCGAGGUGGUGGUGAAGAAUCCCUGCAACUUUCCCAUUGAGUUUUACUCCUUAGAAUUUGACCAGCAAUAUCUUGUAGAAGAGAAGAUCUUGCGAACGCUGAAGGGCUAUGAUUCCUACAACUCCCUGCUGCUGCCUCCCCGCCUUCCGGGGGAAAACCUGCCCCCAGAGGUGUAUGAAUACUUUAAGGAGAUGAAGAGGUCAAAAGAGGAGCAGAUGAAGGUGAAAUAUCUGCAGAGUCUGGCACAGGAGAACGAAGAGGACGAUAGUCCCUUGUCAGAACAGGAAACCUCUGACAGCACGAAGAGGACCUCGCUUAGCCGAGGGAUCUCUGUCACAUCCUACCUGGAAGAGCAGCAUAUCCCAAUGGUCAAGUCCGAGACCUACCCAGAUGAAGAGGAGGAUGAAGAAAGCCUGGAAAAAAUCAUGAUUCAAACUGACAAGCUUCACAACAUUGACAGCCACUCUUCAGAGGAGGUUGGGGAAGUAGAGAACAACCCAGUGAGCAAGGCCAUUGCUCGCCACCUGGGCAUUGACAUUUCUGCAGAAGGCCGCAUGGCCAAGAACCGGAAAGGCAUCGCUAUCGUCAUCCAUGGGACGCCCUUGUCAGGAAAGUCAGCCACUGCAGUCAGCAUGGCCAGGUACUACAGCGCAGCCUGCCUGAACUUCGACUCCAUUGUGCUGCAAGCCAUCUCCGAUGGCAGCAACGUCGCAGGGAUCCGGGCCCGUGAGCUCUGCAUCAGGGCCGCCCUAGAGCAGUCCAUGAAGGAAGAGGAGUAUGCCCAGGAGGCUGCUGCUUUGAGCCAAAAUGCCGUGGGACAGAUGCGACUGAGCAGUGAGACCCUGGGGAAGUUAACUUCAGAAUCCACUCUGGUAACUCCCGAAAUUAAACCUGCCAAGCCUGUGCGUGGGAGUGUGCUCCUCACCAAAGGCAAAGCAGACAGCCACAGCUCUGUGUCUCAGAAGCAGCAUCACCAGCCCUCGUCCGAAACACCACAGGUACAAAUCAGGGCUCCCGGGAGGAAGAUUUCCUCCAGCCCUCUCCCCUCAGGACCCACACAGCGCCGGCUCAGCCUCAGCACCAGUAUUGGAGGUGAUACCGGGCUUGUGAGCUGCGUGCUCCCUGAGGAGCUCUUCACUCAGAUCCUGGCCGAGCGUAUUCAGCUGAGUGACUGCUACCGAGGAGUGGUGUUUGACAGCCUGGAGACGCUCUUUGCUCAGAAUGCGGCUUCGGCUCUCCUCUGCCUGCUGAAGGCCAUUGGCACCCGGGAGCAUAUCUAUGUCAUCAACGUGGCCCAAGAUUAUGCAGCCAUGAAGGCAGAGGAGAAGGCCAAAAAGGAGCAAGAAGAACACAAACGCAGGGAAGCGCUUCAAAGAGAGAAGGAGCGUCUGCAAAACAUGGAUGAGGAAGAAUAUGAUGCCUUGACGGAGGAGGAGAAAAUAGUGUUCAAUCGAGAGGUUCAGCAGGCCCUCCGGGAGAGGAAGAGAAGGGAGCUGGAGAGACUGUCAAAGGAGAUGCUGGAAAAGAAGCUACAGCAGGAGCUUGAGCGGCAGAAGGAAGAAGAUGAGCUAAAACGGAGGAACAAAAAGCCAAAGCAGGGACCCGUGAAGGAGGAGCAGCCCGUGAAGAAAUCUCAGACACCAAGUCGGCAGAUUCUUACUUUUUCCAAACUAGAGCUGAAGAAUGACGCAGUAGAAAGAAAAGUCUCUGUUAGGGAGCAGGUGGCUGCGGAGAAGGAAGAAUUGAGCAAGAAGAAGAAGAACCAGCUGUCAGAUAUCAGCAUGCUUGGGUUUCCUCUUGCACAGGAACAAGAGGACAGCGAAGGGGACUUCUGGAAGGACACUGACAAGAACAUGGCCCAGAAGUUUAAGACCUAUGAGUUGUCUCUGAAGGAUAUCCAGAACAUCCUCACGUACUGGGACCGGAAGGAAGGAGUUCUGCUGCAUCAUACCGCGGCCGAGGAUGCGAGCCAUGAGUCCGGAACCGACCAGCGCCAGGUUCCGCCGUCGUCGUCGGGUGGUCGCCGAGGCCGCAAGGACCGGGAGAGGGAGCGCGCGGAGAGGGAGCGCCUGGAGCGGGCGAGGGCCGAGAGGGAGCGGCUAGAGAAGCUCCGCACGCAGGAGGAGCGCAGCGAGGGGGGCGAGAGCAAGGAGGAGGACCACGAAGGGAAGAAGGAUCUCGGUGUGCCCUUCAUAAACAUCCAGAUGCCCGACUCCAAAGGCUUGAGCUGGAAGCAGGCCCUGGAGAAUGACAGGCUUCCCAAAGCGGAGCAGAUCCUAGACCUCUUGGGCCUGGGGUCCUCUGGACCACCCAUCCCGCCGCCUACCUUAUUCUCACUCGUCUCCUAUCCUGUGAAGCGGCUGCCUUUGGCCAUGACAGAAAUCCUGGAGCAUUUCAUGUUUAUAACUCUACCGUCCAAAGAGCUCUCCCUGAUGGAGGAGAAAAGAGAAGUGGAAGCAGAAGCAGAGCUUUCAGCCACCCCAGCCUCCUCAAAGACCCAGGAGGAGCAGACCACCUCAUCUAAGGGGAGCAGACAGAAAACUAAAGAAAAAACAGAUCAGACCCGCGAGACUCAGAAGGAGAAACGUCGCAUGGCCUCCGACAGGAAGGGCCUUUCUGGGGGAACCUCUGGAACCACUGCUCCCCUGUCAGACAUAGAGGAGAACAACCUCUCUGAGCAGCAUUCACAGGAGAAAUUCCCCAGGCUGAACCAUUUCCGGUGGAUCGUACCAGCCAAUGGUGAGGUGACAUUGCAAGUGCACUUCUCUUCCAAUGAUCUUGGGAUCUUUGACCAAACGUUUAACUUUGAGAUCCUUGGAACUCACCGCCAAUACCAGCUUUAUUGCCGAGGUGUCUGCACUUACCCAUACAUUUGCCAAGACCCAAAAGUGGUCUUCCCUCAGCACAAGAGGGACAUGAAGGCGAAUGAGGUCAUCUUUAAGAAGUAUAUUGUGAGCCUGGAGAGGUUUUACUUCGGGCCACUGCUUUGUGGAAAACCAAGAGAUAAGUACAAGUCAUCCUUGUUCCCAGAAAACAUGGAGACACUGACAAUCCUCAACAGUUCCCCAAUGGUCGUGGAGGUGUCCUUCUGUUUUCAGAACGAUGUCAAAGCAAACACCUACUUCCUGGAGCCUGUCAACAUGAUUCUGGAACCCAGUGAGAAGCAGCAGCUGAACGUUUGGGCCUACCCUACUGCAGUUGGUGUCUUUGAAGACAGCAUUGUCUGCUGCAUCAAGGAGAACCCCAAGCCAGCCGUCUUCAAAUUAAGCUGCCAGGGGGUCCGCCCAGAACUGGAGCUGGACCCCAGACAAUUGCAUUUUGACCGGCUCUUGCUGCACAGGAAAGACUUCAAGGUAGUUCUUCUCCGCAACAUCACACUACUUCCCCUGACCUGGAGGAUCACCAGCCUGGAGCACCUGGGCGAAGACGUCACCGUGUCCGCGAUGCAGGGGACCAUAGCCCCCAAGGCUGAGGAGAGCCUACAAGUGCGCUUCCAACCCUCCAAACCCAUCAACAUCAAGAAGGCGAUUCGGUUGGAGGUUUUAGAUCCAGACAACCUCGUUGGUGUCGUUCAGAUUGAAAACAUCCAGAUCUUUGCAGAGUCCUACGACGUUGCCUUGGACAUCAGCUUCCCCAAAGGAACUGAAGGAGGCCUCGAUUUUGGGAUUGUGAGGGUCAUGGAGGAGGUGAAACAGCCCCUGCAACUGAAGAACCGUGGGAAACACGAGGUCAUGUUCAGCUUUUCUGUGGACUCCUUAGGGAUUUCAGCAACCAAUAUAAGUUCCAUGAUCUCAGUCCAACCCAAGAAGGGCUCACUGACCGCAGUGGAAAAACCCACAAAUGUCCAGGUGCUCUUCCGUGCAAAAAAGGAAGUGAAGAUGGAGCACCAGCCAGUUCUGCGCUGUCAGAUUAUUGAGCCCAGUAUCUCAGAAGGAGGUAAAGUCAUUUCCAGCAUCCCAAUUAAGAUCUCUGUGAAUGCCGUGUUCUCCAGAUACAGCAUCAUCCCCUCCUCCAUCAUCAACUUCGGGGCUUUGAUCUGUGGCACGCGCAAAAGCUCCUCCUUCACCAUAGAAAAUCGAGGUGUGAUCGAUUUCAAAUACACCCUCUAUAGGCUGACAGGGGAGAGCGCCCUCCAUCAGAAGAAAAUCGUCAGCCGUGUUAGACAUGCAAGAUCCCGGGAAAGAGAGAGCCUCUACAGGACUGGACCUUCUAAGGCAACCAAGUUCUCUGACUCUGUUCAGAAAGACGUAAAUGCCACAAACCAGGCUCGCUGCACCCUCGGCAUGUUCACCGUGUACCCUGGGUUUGGCUCCAUCUCUUCCGGAGGAAUGCAGGUCGUGACCGUUGACUGUGUGGCUGACCCUGUGGGAAGAUGUGAGGAAUCUCUAGCGAUUGAUAUCUCUGACCGAGACCCAAGAGACCAGCCCACUGGCAUUCCUUACAGCCUGUUGGCCGAAGCCUGUCAGCCAGCUUUCGUGACCGACAACACCACCUUGAUAUUUGAGGAGCACCAAAUCUGUAGCAGCGCCAACCUGUACAGCAUCCUGCAGACCAUAGAGAGCGGGGGACUGUUUGUGGAGGACGAGAACAAGUUCAUCUUCUGCAAUGUCCUGGUGGGCCAUCAGGCCAAGGCUCGGUUCAAGAUCUGCAACAUGGGAAAGAUCGCCUGUGACGUGAACAUUGUGGUUAAGCCCGUCUCCAACAAGAUCUUUGCCCGCAUCACUGAGAUCUUUGAAGUGGAACCCAACAAGAUGUGUGUUGCCAGCCGCUCACAUGCCUUUGCCACGGUGUCCUUCACCCCACAGACCAUGCAGACCUACCAGUGUAUCUUUGAGGCCACCUUGGACGGCUUGCCCAGCAGCCUGGCCAAGAAUCAAAGCCUCACGUUUGACAUUGUUGGAGAGGGGAACCUCCCUCGAGUGACCGUUGUGCGGCCGAUUCUCUACAACCAACAUGGAAACCCCUUGCUCCUCUUUAAGAGGCUUCUGCUUGGUCAUUCAGAGACGCUGCCUCUUGUCCUCAAGAACAGUGGCACCAUCCCUGCCAAGUUGCAUGUUGACCUGCAGGACCAACUAGGAGUCUUCUCCCUGAAGGGGAAGCCGUCCACCUCCUACAUCUACAUAAUAGAGGAAAACAAACCACAAGCAAAAUCAAAGAAGGCUCACACAGCCUCCCUGGUUGUUCCUCCUGGAGACACAGCUGAAUUUGAUGUUGUUUUCCACUCCCAGAAGGUUGGGAGAAUGGCAGGCAACAUCCACUUGUCAGUGAUCAACAACCGGUACGAGGAGACAGUCAUCCACAUGGUGGGAGAGGGGUACGAGGAUGACAUCACCUUGGACAACAUCCACGGGCUGGUGGCUUCCUCCAGCCAGGAGGCCUCAGAUAUCUCUGAGAUCAUCGAGGAAAACAUGAUGGAAGACUUCGUGGCAGCUGCUCUGGUGAACCACAUCCAGUUUGGGGACUGCCACAUUGGAAACAGCUAUAACGUGAGCUUCACAAUCACUAAUCACAGCCAAGUGAAUGUGAUACGGUUCGAAUGGCCCCUUUUAGCCACAGUUUCUUUCUCCCCACAGCUGGGCCACCUCCACCCUGGCUGUGCCAAGGACAUAGCGGUGACCAUGAAGUCAGACGUGCCCAUCAACCUGAAGAAGAUGGGGAUCGAGUGCAAGCUCUCCAAGAUCAUGUUUCAGCUCCCUGCAGACCAGGUCCCCGACUGGGACGACCGCAUGCGCAUGGUCAAGUGGGUGGAUGUGCUCAGAAACACGCCCGGGACUUUCACUACAAAACAAAAAGUGAUAGAGACGGAUCCUGAGCCUGCUUACUCAGUACUAGAAGAAAACUACCAAGAACUGCAGCUGCAGAUCAGUGCCCACGUGAAUUUCGCUUCAUACAAGUGCCAGACGAGCGAUGUGCACUUUAAGGAGACACUGGUUCACCAGACCCGAGUGUUUGAGUUUGAACUGAUUAAUUCAGGAAAUGUGCAGCUGGAAUUCAGCUGGAGCUCAGAAGAGACGGCAAAGGCUGUCAGCUUUGCAAUGCCAGACAACCAAGGUUUCUCCCAAAAUGACCAGCUUAGCCAGGGCACGCUGCACACGGGCAGCACCCUGGACAGUGCCAUGGACCACUGGAACGAAGCUUCCCUGCCACCCUUCUCUGUGGAGCCCGUCUCAGGCAUGGUGCCCGUGGGGAAGACCCAGAAGCUCAAAGUGAAAUUCUCCCCAAUGGAGGUUGGAGACUUCGAGAGCAAUCUUCUCUGCCAGAUUCCUAACCUACCACCUGGAGAGCAAGGCCCAGUCCUGUCAGCAAAAGGGCGGAGCUCCCUGCCCUUCUGCCAUUUUGACCUGAAAGACUCGGACUACAUCAGCGGUCAUCGGCGCAACCCAGAUCUCCCAGGGCCUCGUGGUGGGGCUCUGGAUCCAAACACCCGGGUGAUUGAGUUCACCAGCGUGGGCAUAGGAGGGAAGUGUCUCCGGACUUUUACAAUACUGAACCCGACCAAUAGCACCUACUCCUUCUGCUGGGUCUCUGAAGAAACUGAAAGUCUCCAGAACCCUCCAGCCUUCACAUGCCUUACAGAAAAGGGCCUCAUCCUCCCUGAAAAGAAAGCUGAGAUUAUCUUCCAGUUCACACCUUUCCAUCUGGACAUCUCGGAAGCAUUCUGGACUUUCUUAAUCCCCGAACACAACAUCACAGUCCCUUUCCUGCUGGUAGGCAAAGCCACUGACCCUCUCAUCAAUCUGGACAAGUCACAUCUCAACUUCAGUUGUCUCCUCAUUGGCAGAGAGGCCAGGGAGACCGUGAAGAUCAUCAACAAGGAGGAGCAGAGGUUCCAUUUUGCCUUCCAGGACACCUCCCGAUAUUCUGAAGGUUUCAGCAGCAGCCUGGUCGUGUGUCCCAUGGAAGGCUGGGUCCCACCGCUGUCCAGGUUCCCAAUUGAUAUUUUCUUCACACCGAAGCAGGAAGGAGAAGUGAACUUCAAUUUGAUCUGCAAUGUGGAAAAGAAAGCCCACCCUCUGACCUUAAAUGUCAAGGCUCAGGGCUACUCUAUGAAUGUAGAGGUCAAGUGCAAGGACAAGACUGGCACCGUCACUCUCUUGACUCCCAACCAGACCACGACUCUCAACUUCUAUGAGGUGGCGUUGAAUGAAUGUGUCCAGUGUGAAUUCAGCUUCAUCAACACCGGCAAGUUCAACUUCAGCUUCCAGGCAGAGCUAUCCGGCCCCAAGUCCCUGCUGCAGUACUUGAAAUUUUCACCCAUGGAUGGCAGUGUGGAUGUGGGGCAGAGUGCACAGGCCUCCCUGUCUUUCCAGCCAUUUAAGAAAUGUGUCUUGAAGGGCCUGGAACUCAAAAUCAAGAUCAGCCACGGUCCAACAUUUUUGUGCAGCAUCUCAGGCUGUGCCGUGAGCCCAGCCGUCCAUUUCUCCUUCACCAGCUACAACUUUGGGACCUGCUUCAUCUACCAAGCUGGGAUGCCCCCAUACAAACAAAUCCUAGUUGUCUCCAGCAAGGAAGAGACGUCUAUGAGCUUAGAGUGUUUGUACACCAACACCAGCCACCUCGAGGUGAACUUCCGAGUUGAUGUGGUGAAGCCAGGAAAGACACUGGAGAUUCCCAUCAUCUUUUAUCCUCGAGAAAGUAUCAAUUAUCGAGAACUCAUCCCCUUUGAAAUCAAUGGGCUCUCACAACAAGUAGUUGAAAUCAAAGGGAAAGGCACUGAAAUGAAGAUUUUAGUCCUCAAUCCAGCCAAUAAGACUGUGAAGUUAGGAGCUGUCCUGCCUGGACAGGUGGCGAAGAAAACGAUUUCCAUCAUGAACGACAGCCAAGCCCAGCUCACCUUUGACCUGUCAGCCCUGUUCUCGAUUCCAGAACUCCAGGACCCCAAGGUCAUCACCUUGACACCAUCCCGCAACAUCACCCUGAAGCCCAAAGAGGUCCGGAAGCUGGAAGUCAACUUCGCCCCGAAGAAGCGUGUCCCUCCCUUCUCCGAAGAGGUGUUCAUGGAGUGCAUGGGGCUCCUGCGGCCCCUCUUCCUCCUCAGCGGCUGCUGCCAGGCCCUGGAGAUCUCCCUGGACCAGAAACAUCUUCCCUUCGGAACAGUCGUGUGUCAGACACAAGCCACGCGUCGCGUCCUCAUGUUGAACACAGGCGACGUGGGUGCGAGGUUUAAAUGGGAUGCCAGAAAAUUUGAGCCUCAUUUCUCCAUCAGCCCGGAAGAGGGCUAUAUCACCGCAGGCAUGGAGGUUUCUUUCGAAGUGACUUACCAUCCUACUGAGGUGGGCAAGGAGACCCUCCGUAAAAACUUGCUCUGCUUCAUCCAGGGUGGCAGUCCUCUGAGCCUAACCCUGUCUGGAGUCUGCGUGGGACCACCUUCGGUAAAAGAGGUGGUGAAUUUCACCUGCCAGGUACGCUCCAAGCACACACAGACCAUCAUGCUUUCAAACCACACCAACCAAACCUGGAAUCUGCACCCCAUCUUUGAAGGCGAGCACUGGGAGGGGCCCGAUUUCAUCACCCUGGAGCCCCAUCAGCAAAGCAAGCCCUAUGAGAUUACCUACCGGCCCCGCACCUUGAAUGUGGAGAACCGCAAGCAUCAGGGCACCCUCUUCUUCCCCCUCCCAGAUGGGACCGGCUGGCUGUAUGUACUGCAUGGGACUCCCGAGCUCCCCAAAGCCGUGGCCAAUAUCUACCGUGAAGUGCCAUGUAAGACGCCCUACACUGAGCUCCUGCCAAUAACCAACUGGCUGAACAAGCCCCAGAGAUUCCAGGUCAUUGUGGAAAUGUUGAAACCGGAGAAGCCCGACCUAGGUGUCACCUUAAAGGGCCUUGAUUAUAUUGAUGUGCUGUCUGCCUCCAAGAAAGACUACAAGCUGAACUUCUUUUCCCACAAGGAGGGACUGUACACAGCAAAGGUGAUCUUCCGAAACGAGGUGACCAACGAGUUCCUAUACUACGUGGUGAGUUUCAAGGUCAUCCCUUCAGGCAUCAUCAAAACCAUCGAGAUGGUGAGCCCUGUCCGGCAAAGCACGUCGGCCUCCAUCAAGGUGGAGAACCCCCUGCCCUACUCGGUGACCUUCUCCACGGAAUGCAGGGUGCCCGACAUCAGCCUGCCCUCCCAGUUUGUGGUGCCGGCCAACUCUGAGGGCACAUUCUCAUUUGAAUUCCAGCCCUUGAAAGCUGGAGAAACCUCCGGGAAACUAACACUGCACAACAGUGAUUUGGGUUACUACCCAUAUGAGCUCAAUUUGAAGACCACGCCAGCACUGCCUGAAAAGCCUCUCCACUUCCAGGCUGUUCUCGGCAGUGGCCAGAGCAUCUUUGCCAAGUUCACCAAUUACGCCCGGCAGAAGACAGAAUACUACUGCAGGACCGACUGUCCAGACUUCCACACGGAAAAGUUCAUCUCCGCGGCCCCCGGGGUGCAGGGCGGCACCGAGGCGAGUGUGGAGGUGUACUUCGAGCCCAGCCGCCUGGGCGAGAGCAAGGGCAUCCUGAGCCUGUCAUCGCUCGUGGGUGGCGAGUACAUCAUCCCCCUCUUCGGAGUGGCUCUGCCGCCCAAGCCGCAAGGCCCCUUCCUGAUCCGAGCUGGGUGCAACAUAGUCAUCUCCUUCAAGAACGUCUUCUACCACCCGGUCACCUUCUCCUUCACGGUGGAGAACCCGGCCUUCUCUGUCCGCGCCAUAGACUCCGUGAAGCCCAAGAAGAUCAACAACAUCACGGUCUACUUUGGAGGAAACCCAUCAGGCAGCAAAACACCCAUCACCAGCAAGCUGAUUGUAGCCUGCCCUCCCGGCGAAGGCAGCGACACUGGAAUUAAAUGGGUUUAUUACCUGAAGGGGAUCACCCCCUAGUGGGAACCAGGGCCCGCGGCAUCAUGGAAAAGCCGUCUCCUCAGCCUUAAUACCUAUGUGUGGUUCUAGCCCUGCGAAGAAUAGAGAAAAUAAUCAGAAUUCUAAAGGUACUGUUUUAUCCUCCAGUUCAAUUACAGGGGCACUUAUUUCUGCAUUAUAUGAAUUCCAGAU